AUGUCUGACCCAGUUAUUCUGUGCAGCAUCAAGAGAUUGGGAGAGGAUAACGAUGCUUUUGGCUCAGAUGGUAAAUAUAACGCCUUCAAGAAACCAGAGAAAUUCUAUGCAAAUGAAGAACCUUCUGUAAAGAGGAAAAGCAAAAAGUCAUCAGAAAAGAAGGAAAACAGUAUUCGUGUUGGCUUCUUUCAACUGUUUCGAUUUGCUUCAUCUAUGGAAAUUUUAAUGAUGACAGUUGGUAGUUUCUGUGCUAUUCUUCAUGGAGUAGCCCAGCCAGCCAUGUUGCUUGUGUUUGGUGCAAUGGCAGACACAUUUAUUGAAUAUGACGUUGAAAUGCAAGAGCUUAAAGACCCAGGCAAAGCAUGUAUAAAUAACACCAUAAUGUGGAUCAAUAGUACUACUCAUCAAAAUGAAAGUAACACCUUAAAAAGAUGUGGGCUGCUGGACAUUGAACAAGAAAUGACCAAGUUUGCAGGUUACUAUGCAGGAAUUGGUUGUGCAGUACUCGUGUUAGGAUACCUCCAAAUCUGUUUUUGGGUUAUGGCUGCAGCUCAUCAGAUACAGAAAAUCAGGAGAGCUUAUUUCAGGCAAGUGAUGAGAAUGGAUAUAGGCUGGUUUGACUGUACCUCUGUAGGAGAACUGAACACCCGAAUUUCUGAUGACAUUAACAAAAUUAAUGAGGCUAUUGCUGAUCAAGUAGCAGUUUUUAUCCAACGCUUUACCACCUUUGUGUGUGGAUUCCUACUGGGAUUUGUCAGUGGCUGGAAACUGACUUUGGUUAUCAUUGCAGUCAGUCCUCUGAUUGGAAUUGGAGCAGCUAUCUAUGGUUUGGCUGUGGCCAAACUGACAGGCCGAGAAUUAAAGGCUUAUGCAAAAGCUGGGGCUGUGGCUGACGAAGUACUCUCAUCCAUCAGAACAGUGGCUGCUUUUGGUGGGGAAAAGAAAGAAGUUGAAAGAUAUGAUAAGAAUCUGGUGUUUGCUCAGCACUGGGGAAUUCGAAAAGGGAUGAUAAUGGGAUUAUUCACUGGUUACAUGUGGCUUAUAAUUUUCCUGUGUUAUGCAUUAGCUUUUUGGUAUGGUUCUAAACUUGUCCUUGAAGAAGAUGAAUAUUCACCUGGCACUCUUCUACAGGUUUUCUUUGGCAUUUUAGUAGGAGCUUUAAAUCUUGGCCAAGUAUCUCCCUGCCUGGAAGCCUUUGCCACUGGCCGUGGGGCUGCAACAAGUAUUUUUGAGACAAUAGAUAAAAAACCUACCAUUGACUGCAUGUCAGAAGAUGGCUACAAGCUGGAUAAAGUGCGAGGUGAAAUUGAAUUUCAUAAUGUAACAUUUUAUUACCCCUCCAGACCAGAAGUAAAGAUUUUGGAAAAUCUUAAUAUGGUUAUUAAAGCAGGGGAGACAACAGCUUUUGUUGGAGCUAGUGGAGCUGGAAAAAGUACAACAAUACAGCUCAUCCAGCGUUUCUAUGACCCCAGUGAUGGCAUGAUUACCUUGGAUGGCCAUGACAUUCGCUCCCUUAAUAUCCAGUGGCUACGCUCGCAGAUUGGUAUUGUUGAGCAAGAGCCAGUUCUGUUUGCUACCACAAUCGCAGAGAACAUUCGCUAUGGUCGGGAUGAGGCUACCAUGGAAGAAAUAAUCAAAGCGGCCAAAGAGGCCAAUGCUUACAACUUUAUCAUGGACUUGCCACAGCAAUUUGACACUCAUGUUGGAGAGGGUGGAAGCCAGAUGAGUGGAGGUCAAAAGCAGAGGAUAGCUAUUGCUCGAGCCCUUGUGCGAAACCCUAAAAUCCUGCUACUGGAUAUGGCUACCUCAGCACUUGAUAAUGAAAGUGAAGCUACUGUUCAAGAAGCACUUCAUAAGGCUCGCCUUGGCCGCACGGCGAUCUCGAUAGCUCACCGCCUGUCCACCAUCAAAGCUGCCGACGUCAUUGUUGGGUUUGAGCACGGACGGGCUGUGGAGAGAGGAACUCAUGAGGAACUCCUGAAGAGGAAAGGGGUUUAUUUCAUGCUAGUGACCUUACAAAGCAAAGGAGACAGGGCACUUGCUGGAGUACCAGUGCGAACAGCAGAAAAUAACUUGCUUGAGCCAAAUCUUGAGAAAGUCCAGUCAUUUAGCAGAGGAAGCUAUCAGGCCAGCUUGCGAGCUUCACUUCGGCAGCGCUCCAGAUCUCAGCUCUCUAAUGUAGUCCCUGACCCUCCGUUAUCCAUUGCAGGAGACCAUUCAGAAUCUGCGUAUCUUAUGUCUUCUUAUGGAGAAGGUGAUGGAUCAGCAAAAAAGGAAUCUGUUGUUGUGGAUGAAGAUGAUGUCAAACCUGUACCAUUUGCCAGGAUUUUGAAAUACAAUGCUUCAGAAUGGCCGUACAUGGUGCUUGGAUCUCUGGGAGCAGCUGUGAAUGGAGCAGUCAAUCCACUCUAUGCUUUGUUAUUCAGUCAGAUUCUUGGGACCUUCUCCAUUCUUGAUGAAGACGAACAAAGAAGACAGAUUAAUAGUGUCUGCUUGCUCUUUGUCUUAGUUGGGCUUGUAUCAUUUCUCACGCAAUUUCUACAGGGGUACACUUUUGCCAAGUCUGGUGAGCUGCUUACAAGACGGCUAAGGAAAAUUGGUUUCCAGGCUAUGCUAGGGCAAGAGAUUGGUUGGUUUGAUGACCAGAGGAACAGUCCUGGUGCUUUGACGACACGACUUGCAACAGAUGCAUCACAGGUCCAAGGGGCAACUGGAGCCCAGAUAGGAAUGAUUGUCAGUUCCUUCACCAACAUUGGAGUCGCCAUCAUUAUUGCUUUCUACUUCAGCUGGAAACUGAGUUUAGUAAUAAUGUGUUUCUUGCCAUUUUUGGCAUUAUCUGGAGCUGUGCAAGCCAAAAUGCUGACAGGAUUUGCCUCUCAGGACAAGAAAGCUCUGGAAGCUAUUGGACGGAUUUCCAGUGAAGCCCUCACUAACAUCAGGACUGUAGCUGGGAUAGGAAAGGAGAAGCUGUUUAUUGACAAUUAUGAGAAGCACCUGGAAAAACCCUACAGAGCUGCAAUCAAAAAAGCAAAUGUUUAUGGAAUCUGCUAUGGCUUUGCCCAGAGUAUAGUGUUUAUAGCCAAUUCUGCCUCUUACCGAUAUGGAGGGUUUCUGGUUGACACCGAAGGACUCCAUUACAGCUUUGUGUUCAGGGUGAUCUCCGCUAUUGUGACCAGCGGAACUGCCCUGGGACGAGCGUCUUCCUACACGCCAAACUACGCCAAAGCCAAAACAUCGGCGGCACGGUUCUUUCAGUUGGUUGAUCGGCUUCCUAAAAUCAGUGUUUACAGUGACGAAGGGGAAAAAUGGGAUAACUUCAAGGGAAGCGUUGAAUUUCUUAAUUGUAAAUUCACAUACCCUUCUCGGCCUGACAUUCAGGUCCUGAAAGGACUCUCUGUAGCUGUGAAGCCUGGACAGACUCUGGCAUUUGUUGGAAGCAGCGGAUGUGGCAAGAGCACCAGCAUCCAGCUUCUGGAGCGUUUCUACGACCCCGAGAAAGGAGCUGUGUUAAUAGAUGGACACGACACCAAGAAAGUAAAUGUACCGUUUCUUAGAUCAAAAAUUGGAGUAGUGUCCCAGGAGCCCGUGUUAUUUGACUGCAGCAUUGCUGAUAAUAUUAAGUAUGGCAGUAACGCCAAAGAGAUGGCAAUGGAAAAAGUCAUAGAAGCAGCCCGGAAGGCUCAGCUGCACGACUUCGUCAUGUCGCUGCCCGAGAAAUAUGAAACUAAUGUUGGGGCUCAAGGAUCCCAGCUGUCUCGUGGGCAGAAACAACGCAUUGCUAUAGCUAGAGCCAUCAUACGAGAUCCUAAAAUUUUAUUACUGGAUGAAGCUACAUCUGCCUUAGACACAGAAAGUGAAAAGACUGUGCAAGCAGCGCUGGAUAAGGCCAGAGAAGGGCGUACCUGCAUUGUCAUCGCCCACCGCCUGUCCACAAUCCAGAACUCCAACAUCAUCGCUGUCAUGUCACAAGGCAUCAUCGUUGAGAAGGGCACUCACGAUGAACUAAUGGCCAAGGAAGGAGCUUAUUACAAGCUUGUUACCACUGGGGCCCCAAUUAGCUGAAUUACUGCAAUACUAACUUUAGAAGAGUUACAUUUUUUUUCCCUAAAGAAAUAAUCUGUGGUAGGUAUGUGUAUGUUGGUAUGUAAAAUGCUCUACACCAUUCUGAGGUCAGUGGUACCUAAAUUUCUGUAACCUUCUGGAUCAAGCAAAGCCUAGCAGGCCCUGUGCAGGGAAUAAGCAUAGGCUGAUGCAUCCCAGGAGGUAUCCUAGCUCACUACUAAGGGAAAGAAAGCCUGAAAAUAGGACUGACCUUUGGUGAGCGGGGAAAUUGCCACCAUCUGCAGUCAGGCAGCACAGUCCUGUCAACUAGCCAUCACGGAAGACUCUGCUGUGGUGUUCCGGAAGCUGCCACUUUGCUAGGUAAGCUAUAUGGGCAAGAAUGAUGGUCUGAAGGGAUCGAGUAUCUCCUGAUGGUCUGGUCUGCAGAUGAUUACAACAGAUACUGUUAAUAUGGCUGCAGAUCUCCCGCUUCCCACUCUCGCAACCUGCCUGCUUCAGCUGUGCUGCUGCAGGGAGGGCUGCCUUCCCCUGAGUGCACCUACACACUGACCCUAUAGAGCCCAGAGCUUGAUGUAGCAGUACCCAGUGAUAAAACCACUAAGUAGUAAGGAAAGCAAUCAAGAGAAACAGAAGCUGGUAAGGCUUAUUUACCCUAUGCUCAUUACUUUGAUCAAAGGUGUCAAAUAUUUCUGAAUAUGAGUAAAUGCUUUAUUUCAAUAUAAACUCCUACAGUUAAUAUCUUCACUGUUAUUUGAAUUUCUUCUAUUGAAAAGGUGAUGGAUAAUAUCCUGUUUUCAUUUUGGGGAAGGCAAGAGUGACAACUAUCCUUCAAAACGAUCAUAAAUAUUCUGCAAAGGUGGAAAGAAUAAAAGUAAGGAUUUAGCCAUGAUUAGCUAUUUGUUUACGUUAAGCAGAGUUGAUAAACUGAGCAACAAUUUACUCAUGAUGAGAAAGGUCAGGAAGUAUCUUCCUCUGGUAGAAGCUUGAAUCUGUAACAGUUCAUUAUAGGAUCCACUGCGCUGAUCUCCUGUGUAUGUUAUUGGGUGUUGUCCACCGAACUCUAACUUCACUGACUGGUAUCUCGGAGACAAAGCAGUUAGACAGACAGAUAAUCUAAACUUACAGUUUCAGAAUUUGAAUCGUGGCUUGGAACAACACAGUGUUACUUGGAAAAGGCAUUCACAGCAUCCCACAGUCUGCAGCUUGGGUGUUUUCUUUUUCUUUUUCUUUUUUUUUCCUCCCACUUAAUAAUUCUAGGCAAUAAAAAGCAGUAUUAUUUUUUGUGCAACUCCAGUAUCAUCAGAAUGCCUUCACUAGAAUAUAGUGAACUCAUGUAAUUGACAUUAAAAAGCACCUUUUAAAUUAAGAACUCUGUGUUUUAAUCCUUCACUGAAAAUGAAAAAAGAAGCUGCAUUAUUGGCCUUCUGUUUUAAUUUUUCAAGCCUUUUAUAUAUUCAGGGCAAUAAUUAGUUUGGAUGGUUUAGGACUGAAACUACUGACAGUCAGUAACCUAUUGACAAAAAGCUUUAAUUUUCAAAUGGUAGAUACAGCUUAAAAGGGAACUACAACCUAUCAACAAGAUUAUAUCACAUGAACUCCAUUUUCCCCUCAUCUUUUUCCAAACCUACCACUCCUGUGAACAAUGGUAGAAAAUAGUUCAGAUAAUGACAAAAAACAAAAAAUCAUUGCUAUGGAAUAAAAAUGAUGAACAAACUAUAAAUACCGAUUAAAACCUCAGUGAUUUUAUUUUUAACAUGCUUA